AUGGGGUUUGGACGGGGUCGCACGCGGGGAGGCCGAGCAGAGUCACUUCGUAGAAGUCGGAACUCUACGAGGAUUCCUUCAUCUCUUCGCAAAGAACUUGUAGAUCGAGAAGCUAGUGAUGCCGGCUAUGGUUCUGAUGGAUCCUCAGAUGGCAAGAACGGAACAGACGUCGCAGCCUUACGGCCAGCCAGCACAACGCCGACAGACAGCGACAGUAUAGAUGAAGCAGAUGUAACCCUGCGGGAGGCGCGUAAACGGCAACGACACGGCGACACUGCGCUGCAGCGUGAACUUGAAGGGAGUUUGGGCAUUAGGGGCGACAAAGUGGAUUCUGCAGAAUCAUCGCGAGCAAGAGCCAAGGUGAGAAACGAGCUGAAGGCUGAUGACUUUGAUUUGCAGUUACAGGAUAUCUUGGAGGGAAACAGGACUGAGGCUAGUCACCCAGUGAACAUAGGCUGCGGAAACUCCUCUAGAAAGCCCUUACUCAGUAAACCAAAGGAACUCAAGAUGCCUGGUGAUAGGCGCGCGAGGUACGAAGCGUCACGGGCAAGCGGAAGUAUUGGAGCUGCAGCUGCGGCUUUGAAAGAGGACCAGGAAAGAGAGCAGAAGCACAGUUACGACCCCCUUCGUGAAGAGUUAAGGAUACUUGAAAGACGGCUUGGCAUAAGCUCAAGUGGUUCAAGUAAAACGAAGGAGGCCAGAGAAAAGAAAAGAAGAAAACUCAGAGAGGAGCUGGAGGCAGACGGCUUCGACUUAGAGCUGCAGGAUGUUUUGGACGGAAUCCUAGUGAGCUUCACUUACUCUGGCAUAACGGAUGAAACACGAGCUGUUUCGCUGGUAGUGGUGCAACGGAAGUCGAAAGCUCUGACCCUGACAAAUCAGUUGAGGGGGACGAGAUGGGAGAGUCUGAAGGGGAAUCCGACAGUGCUUCCGUGGGGGUUGCCGAUUCAGAAGCAGGGUCUACUUGAGGGCGGCCCUGUCUCUAGUGUCUACGUGGCCCCGCACCGCCGCCGGGAAGCUACAGAUGGCUCUGAAACAGCCUCAAGCAAGGCGGCUCUGGAGGCAGUUAGGAUUGAAGUCCUUCGACGCCAGAUCCAGAAGGGUGAAGCCGCCGAAUUCCUAAGGAAAUAUACUGUUGGUGUGCGAGGGGUCUUGUGUGACCAGUUGAUGCAGUCCUGCAUACACAGCCGUUUCUCAACUAAUUCGCUUAUUGCCACUCAAACGGCCUUGUGCUGUGCCCUUGGGAAGACGUGGGAUAUUGAACUUUGUCGGGACGUUCUCGCAGCACUGGCUGUCUGCUUCUCCAGCAAUUUUGCCAGGGCCUUGAUACAACGGACUGAGCAACCAGAAGCCGUGGCGGCAGACACAGCCUCGUUAACAACUCGCCACGCAGUCGUGGGAGUUUGCUGCUUGUAUGAUUUUGGCUUCGUCUCACCACGCCUAUUUGUGGAGCUAAUCUGGCGAGUUUCUGGCAUCCGAAGAGGUCCCAAGGCCAUGGACGAGCACGUCGUCGAGCUCACAGAUUUCCGAAUAGAGCUAUUGCUUUUGCUUCUCCGAUUGGGAGGCGAAAAGCUCCGUCAAGAUGACACGCCGCUCUUCACCACGACGUGGAAAACGCUUGAAUGCGUGGUGCAGCAUCAAGGCAACGGCCGAUCGCAACGUCUUGAUGCUCUAGAGGGGAACGUAGCUGAGGCGGGGCGUCUGAGAGCUUUACUUCUAGAGCUGCAGGACCUAAAAUCCGGCAAACAAAAGGGAAGGCUAAUGCUCAUCAAGGCAUCGCAGACUGCCCUGAGGCGCUGGCUGAGCAGCAGCACUGUUUUCGGUUCCAGCUUCCUCUCCACGCAAUUCCAGAUAAGUGGAUCAUGGGAAGAUUUAGAACAAGGCCACCGUCCAGAGCUAUCAAAAAAAGCCGCCGUCGCUGCUCACUGCCAACAACAGCAGCAGCUGCAAGCAGGGGAUUUCAAAAGCGCUCCAGAUGCAUUCGCAAGUGGAGCGGCGGCAAACAGCCUCCGGCAACAGGCAGCACUUCUGAGGUUUAACACGGAGCUGCAGCAGAGCCUGUUCGAGUGUUUUGUAACAGCCAACAGUCCAGAUCAUGCCCUUCAACUGUUACAGAACUCCGGCCAUCUGUCAUUGAAAAAAGUUAUUAUAACUCAGACUGUUGCUGUCGCGAUGCAGUGCUGCUUGCAAGAAAAGUUUUAUAACCAGUUUUACGGGAUGGUGCUAUCUCGCCUCUGUGGCAUUUGCGUUUGCCAAGCGGCCCAAAAUGGGAAUAACGCUGUAUGCAAGUGUUUCCUUGUCUGCGAAAAAGGAGCGGCUCGGUACCGCCGCACCGUACAGAGGGGACUUGCUGCCCAGGCUUCGGCUGCCCACGGAUUCUCCGUAAGACGACUCCUUAACCUGGCAAAGCUCACUGCUUUCCUGAUCCGGCUGCAUAUUGCGGAUUUGCGCAUUGUCCGUUUCUUGAACUUCGACAGCGCAGGAGAAAAGCAAGGCCCCAUGGGACUGUCGGGGAAACUUGGGAUAUUUCUGCGAGAGAUUUGCGUUGAGCUUCUUUGCUGUCCGACAGCGGCAGGCUCACCCUUGCCAGCAAGGGAGGACUGGAAAGAGUCCGCAGUUGCAUACUUUAAAUGCCUUGGGUCAAUGAGCGAUAUAUGCGAGGCGUUUAUCACGAUACUGCAAGAUGUCGUUUUGCCAACCAUAUCUGUGGAUUCCGCCGGCAAGAGCAGUGCAGAACAGGCACUGAAGGCUUCAGUAGUGAAGUCAGCCAUACGCACUCUGUUGGCCCACAGGGAGCCGGAUACUUGA